UUAUUUGGUACAACUUUGGAAACAGAACAUGGUACGAUUAUUGAUAAAAUACUUUAAAGUCGCUAAUAAAACAAUUCAACAAACAGGGACGCGUUAUGAGAUGCCGGAUAAGACGUCCGAGGGCAGAUGAUGAAUUCCACUCAAAAGGCCAUAUACUCGGAGACUAUGUUGACAAGAGGAAUGUAACAUAUCAAGAAAUGUAUGUCGUGUUUAUGCUUGUCCAUUAACAAAGCAAGUAACCGGUACAUGCUAGAAGUGCAGUAUGGCCGCUAACACACACCUGAUCGGCGACAAGGAGACCAAUAAUUGGUUCAAAGCGUGCAUAGGACUCAAUGUUACGAAGGAAGGACUCACUAACUUUCUUUGCGCAGAAUUACAGAAAGUACACACCGUUGUUGGUAGAAGUUGUGGAAACUGCCCAAUUGAAAACCUCAUACAAUGUCCGACAAACCCAUAUUGUAACAAGAGGAAACGGAAUUAUUGUCCUUUUCACAAAUCACAGAAACCGCAGCCAUGCCCAAUAUGUGAUAAUGUAAAACAUAAUAUCAUAUUACAACACAGAUAUGGCGGACCUUCCUGGAGAAACACUCGUGCGGAAAAGUGGGCAUUAAAUUAUUGGGAAAUAGGCAAAUGCUACCUCCCUCCGGACGGAUAUAGCAGCAUUUCCUCGGUCCAGGAAUCAGACUGUAAUGGUGUGAUAAGCAUCAUGUUGAAUUGCCUACAUUUCCAGACAUGCCUCUCCCCCUUAUGUUUAUCACCUCCACCGCCUGAUAAGCAAUGUCCUCUAGAAAAGGUUCGUCAGAUUGGCCGAGAUGUGCGACACACAUCCGACUGCAAGGUUACAGAUGCUGACUUGCAGGACUAUUUCAAGACACUGUCCACGCUCCUGGCUGACCCACAAUACUUACAACAUGAUCCUUCAGCCAUCAUAGCAUGUACAAGACUUAGUGAUUUGCAGAAUGAUCGUAUGUCCUUUGAAGAACUGGGCAAGCUGUUGAAAGAGAUCAAUCAAACGCUCGAAGAAGCAAAAAAGACCGGCAAACGUUUUUCUGAGAUGGCGGAAAGGACCUUGUCAAAACAUCUGCAGAAAUUGGAUGCUACUAAUCAGUUGGGGCUGAAACGCCUUAAAAAUAGGACAACAGUUGGGGAAAAACGCCUUCAUAGCAAGACGAAAGUUGGGGAACAUCGCCUUGAAAGAAAGACCCAAUUUGGGGCACAGAGAAUUGAAAGUAGGACACAGUAUGGGGAACAACGCAUCGAAAAAAAGACAAACGAUGCGGAUCAAUGUAUUGAUGGCAAGGUACAUGAUGUAACACAACGCAUCGAAAUCAGUGUACAGCAUGGCAUUGAGCGCAUGCAACAGGCAGCAAACAAAACUGCACAAGCAGACUACGAAAGAGAAGUAGCAGAUUUUCGCCGUCGUUUGGUGGAACAUUACAAUGACACUUCGAGCAAUGUGCCUCUUUCAGUAUUGGAUCAGAGUGUUGAUAAACGUAUAACCGAUAUAUAUGCAACGCCGAAAAUGCACCGUUUUGAUAUAGCAAGUGAUGGGAAACGUGUUAAAAAGGACAAAGUACUGACAUACAAGGAACUCUUUUACACAGACGACACAAAGUCAAAUCGACGUGUAUACAUACAAGGCGAGCCCGGCAGCGGCAAGUCAACGUUUGCAGCCAAGUUAGUUCAUGAUUGGUGCGACGAAAAUCGGCCUACAACGGCAGCUCCCAACAAAAAUGCAUCGUUUGAUGACGUGUUAAUCAUUCAAAAUUUCCUGUUCAUUUUUUUCCUCUCGUUGGGAGAAUCAAGAGGUCAGACCGAACUAACGCAUAUGAUAAAGAAGCAAAUCAUCGACACAAUGUAUUCUGAUGAAAAACGUGAUGUAAUUUACACUCUUUUACUCAAAAUAAUAGAGACGGAAAUAUGCCUUGUAAUACGUGAUGGUCUAGAUGAAUGGGUGGCUCCUGACGGUAGCAACCUUGCUGAACCUUCUAUGGCGGGAUUUCUCAAGGACAAGUGCGCGGUUCUUACAACUUCUCGACCAUGGAAACUUGCUGAUGAGCGUAUCAAGAAUUCACGGAUCGACAUCCUCGUGGAGAUUGAGGGUAUUAGCGAUUCAUAUACAUUUAUUGAAAGAGUACUGCGAUGCAUACUUGACAAGAGCAAAGAUCUUAUGACAACCGCGAUAGAAAUUUGGAGCUUCAUAAGGGAGCGUCAGCUGACCUGGCUAUCAAAUUCACCGAUGUUGUACACACUUGUUAUUUGCAAGUGGGUGGACACUAUGGAGGAGGAGGAACAUUUGAACGGAACUUCAUUGUGUGCAUUGUAUACUACUUUUCUUGAAAGCCUGUGUAAGAAGGCGAACGAUACAACUGGGUUUUUUAACGAUUUAAACCCUCCUCAUGUGAAGUGUUUUUCAAGAACAAGUUACCUUCGGCCUAUCAUUCAAAACGUAGAUGUCAUUUCAAAAGCUGCUUUUCAUCUUUUGUUUUCUCCUGAAAAGGAAAAGUCUAUUGUAUUCAACGAUCAGGAAUUGUCAAACUAUCUUACACCAUCUGAACAAGAGUUUGCUCUCAAAGCGGGACUGAUAUCAAAACGGAAAACCAAAAGAGCUUUUAAUUCGUCGAUCUCAUUUAUCCACAAAAGCAUUCAAGAAUUCCUGGCUGCUUAUCAUAUUGCCCACAAUGCACAUUUGGUUGAUGACGUCAUUUCCGGAUAUCUGGGACGUCAUUCGGAUGCAUAUCUCUACAUAUCCCAGGUGUUCAUAUUCCUAUGUGGACUGAACAUAUCGGCUGCCAAUAAGCUAUCUGGCAUUAUGAAUGAACAUAAUAAUAUUAAAAGGAUUCAUAGGAGCAUAUUUUCAUAUGAAGGCGAUACGUUUCAACGCAUCAUAGAGGCAGGAUACACAGAGGCUGUUUUAAAUGACCAAACUGGCAUUCUCCUCAGACUCAGUCACUUUUAUAUCAAUUGUGAGAACUUAAUGGUCAUGAACAACAUAUGGAGAGAAAACAAGUCCAAUGCCCUGUUUUUGAAAAUAAGGGAAUACGAAGAAACGGAUCAUGCCAGUUCAGAUAGUUCAGAUAGUUCAUCUACACAUAGCGAGCCAACAUCGCAGGUUGAAUUUGACUUGUCAUCGUGCCUAAAUCUGAAAGGUUUGGUACUUUCUGGAAGCGGCAUACACUUGCAAGAUUCGCCGAGUUCGGUCUCAUCGACACUUCCGGUGUGUAUUGUACUAAAUAGUGCAAAUCCAGCCAAGUGUGCAGAUCCUCCACCACUACUGCCUUGCAUAGAAUGGAUUGAAUUGGAUGAUAUUACAUGUUCGUCUACCUGGCUACGCAGUCUGUUCAGCACAUUACUGACACUCGAGCAAAAUGCUGUGUGUGAACUGACGAAUGUCGAUUGUCAAGGUACAUUUAUUCUUUCCGCAACAUUAUCGUGUUUAAAGAAAACAUUAGAAUACAAGAGCGUUCCUUGUUUACAAGAGUGCGACGUUCUAUGGGAGGUUCUCCAUGGUCUGAAUAUAAAGAGCCUUAGUCUGGAUAAAAGUGUAAUAAAUUGUGCAGACAUGAUGUCCCAGUCACUUUCAUCGCUCACUCAUCUGGACACGCUUAGUAUUAAAGUGAAUGAAUACAGUCCCGGUCUGUGGAAGGCUCUCCAUGGUCUGAAUAUCAAGAGUCUGAGUCUGAGUGGUUGGUGUGGAGGUUUUAACGUAAAAUAUGCAGACUCGAUGUCCCAGUCACUUUCAUCGCUCACUCAUCUGGACACGCUUAGUAUUAAAGUGAAGGAUGACAGCCCCGGUCUGUGGGAGGCUCUCCAUGGUCUGAAUAUCAAGAGUCUGAGUCUGAGUAGUGGGCGUGGAUAUUUAAAAGAACAUAAUGCAGACUCGAUGUCCCAGUCACUUUCAUCGCUCACUCAUCUGGACACGCUUAGUAUUGAAGUGAAGGAUGACAGUCCCGGUCUGUGGAAGGCUCUCCAUGGUCUGAAUAUCAAGAGUCUGAUUCUGAAAGAUCGGCACGGAUAUUUGAAUGUUAAGCAUGCAGAGACGAUAGCACAGUCACUAUCAUCGCUUAAACAGCUUGAAAAGCUUUCAAUAUUUUUGCGGACAUAUAUCGACAUAAAGCUACCUCAAUCAUUGAAGAAUUUACAUAUCUACUGCGUGACAUUGCUUCCAUCGGAAUUACACGAACUUGUGGGCACACUGUCUGCAUGUACUCGUACAGUUGAGAGUAAGCUGGAAUUCGGUUGCGCUUCUUUCAACGAUGCACGUGUAAAAUCAAUUCCACCAGAAGAAUACAUUUCAAUCCAACAAGAACUGGGGACUCUGAAUCAUGUUGCCGUGAAACGAUUCCGAAUAUUACACCUGAGAAAAAACAAUUUUUGUGAGUAUGAUGCCACAUCUCCUUGGUCCGUACGUGGCAUUGGUGGUGUCCAAGACGAUAAUACGGAUGAUGAUAAUGUAAACGAUGUUGCAUAUAAAAGCUUCGUUACCGCGACCGCCGACUCAAAAUACAAUGGAAUCAUUAAUCGAAUUGCAAUGCGACUUCUGAUUACUCCAUCCUCAAACUCAUGAAUCGUCGAAAAAUGCGACUGCAACACGUGAUAAUAACGAGAACAAUUGUAUUCAUUAUGUCUGGAACAUUUUAAAUAAGAAUGAUAUAUCUCUCUUGGAUAGCAUACAUAGACAGUAGGCAUUGUAAAACAUAAAUUCAACAAGUUUAAAUAAUCUUAACAUUUUUGUGAUGUGUUAUUGGUGUGUAAAUGUUAUAAAUGGAAAAUGUUUGAUGAAAUGCAUGCCAAUUUUGUAAAAGUAUUUAAAGUAUACAAACACCAUAAAUUCCAACACGUCACGCAGUUUCAUUUCAUAGCCAAUAUACUGGCUAUCAUGUACUGUUUUUUCUGCAAAAUUUAUGUGCGAAGCAAAUUAUAUGUAUGCGUUGUUUCUAGUUCGUUUAAGCAUAUAUAUAUAUAUAAAUAUAUAUAUAUAUAUAUAUAUGUACAUCUUGUGAACAUAUUCCAGAACUGCUUAAAAAAAAGUUUCUAUAGCCAUGAAUAUUGCAGAAUAUCCAACACAUUUCAUCCGUUAUUGACUAUAGAAUUCCAAACGCUUGUCGUCUUAGAAUGAAUAAUAUAAUAAUGUGUUAAAUUGCUUCUUGCAGACGGUGUGUGUCAUGUUGAUCUUUAUGUUUGUCAUUACAGAUAGCAGUAACUACAUAUUGUUGUACACACACACAUAUACAUACAUGUGUGUGUGUGUUUUAAUUCUUAAGAUGCAACAAGAAAAAGGUGUAUACCUUUAGUUUUCAUUUAGUUUCAGAUUAUUUUCAGGUACUAAAAUAAAUCUAUAAUAGUAUUUAUAAUAGUAUUUAGUUCUAUAUUGUAUUCUUGGAUAGAAUGUAACAUUUUUGUAACGCAUGUCUUAUCUUUAUAAACACAUGUUUUGGCUGUGACUCUGAGCCAAAUAUCAGGUUUGGAUUUCUUACAAACGGAUUUGCAUUAUACGGUAUGGACUCCUUACAAACGGGUUUGCAAUAUACGGUUUGGACUCCUUACAACCGGGUGUGCAUUCAGCGUUCAGAGGCGGUGACCCCAAAUAUAUUCAUGUGUGUUUUUGCUGUGUUUUUGUGCAUCCGUACACCUGUGUUUUGUCUAUAAAUUUGAAAUAAAUAUUUCGGAUA